UGAAUGGCCGGAGCGGCUCAGACGCGCAUGAAGCGCUGAAGGUGACGGAUCUCCGCCGCGCUCAACAUGCGCCACGGCGCUGCCGCGUAAAACAAGAAUCCCUCUGGACUAAACCUCUGUCCGGGAAACAUGUGCAACAUACGGAGAGGCUCCUGCCUUGUUAGAGGUGGAAAGUUCUGGGGUUUUUGGAUUCUCCUGCUGUACACAAGUCCUCUACCCUGUUUCUCAAAAUUCAGCCAUCUUGUCUAUAAGAUAAAGGAAGGCUUACCCAAGGGGAUUCUCAUCGGGUCCAUUGGAGAAGAUUUAAGGUUGGAUUUGUCCGUCGACCCCCCUCGUUUGUUCCAUCUGGAGUUAAGGCAAAGUGGCUCUCAGUAUGUUAAUCUAAGCGAAACCACCGGGAAGCUCUACACUUCUGCUUUGGAGAUUGACCGAGAGACUCUCUGUUCAGAUUCGCAUGAGGGUCAAGGAUGCACGAUCUCUCUGGACGUGAUGAUUCUGCCACAGCAGUACUUCCAGCUGGUUAAGAUCAAAAUCAUUAUUGAAGAUGUUAAUGACAACAAGCCACAUUUCCCAGUGGAUGAGAUCAGGGUUUCCGUGCCGGAAAAUGCACCGGUCAAUGCUCGGUUUGUGGUAGAGCAAUCUGCUGUAGACCCUGAUAUAGGCAUUUAUGGAGUUCAGACUUACUGGCUGGCGAAUGACUUUGGAGUUUUCACACUGGAUGUUGAGCAAAAUGAAGGGGGCGAGUUGACGCCUUUCCUGAUCAUUACUGGGCCGCUGGACAGGGAAACGAAAGCGGAAUAUUUAACUGAAUUCAUUGCUGAGGACGGAGGCUCUCCGCCAUUUUUGGGCAUUUCCACUCUUAGAAUUAUUAUCACAGAUGUAAAUGACAACUGCCCCAAAUUCAGUGAGACUCAGGUGAAUGUGACACUUUCUGAAAACACCACAAAGGGCUCACAGUUGGCUCGUCUCUAUGCCUUUGACCCAGAUCAGGGUACCAAUGCUCAGAUUACUUACGCGUUCAGUAAACGGGUCACCCGAGAAACUAGGAACCUGUUUCAUUUGGAUGAAACCACAGGAGUCAUCUCCCUAGCUGGAAAGAUUGAUUCUGACACUGGAAAGUUGUACAAGCUGGUUGUUCUGGCGAACGGGCCGGCUUGCAUACCCGAUGUCGCUACAGUCACUGUGAAGGUUGUUAAACGGGUUUCGGGACCACCAGCUGUCAUACCCCGCUACAUUGCUUCAGAGAAAGACGGUGUGGUUUCUCUGAGUGAAUCAGAGCCGCCCUUCACACCAAUUGCUUUCUUUACCAUUAAGAAUGCAGACCCAAGGAAAAAGGUGACAUGCUUUUUACAAGGGUCCGGACCCUUCAGGCUCUUGCCCUAUAAAACUUUGAAAAAUGAGUACUUGCUGGAGACUACUGAUCUGUUGGAUUAUGAAGAGCAGAAAUAUUAUGAACUUACUGUGGUGGUCAGAAACACUGAUGGUAUAGGUGUUGAUACACAGGUGAAAGUGCAGAUGCUGGAUGAUAAUGAUAAUGCACCCAUAUUUAAGCAGUCAGUUAUUGAUAUCAAGAUCGAGGAGAACAACGCUCCAGAAACAUUUCUCGCUAAACUCCAGGCUACUGAUGAGGACAGCGGUAACAGGGGUGAGGUACUCUAUCUUCUUGGCUCAGAUGCUCCCCCAAUCUUCCACCUUGAUCGGUUGACUGGGGUCUUGACCGUGACCACAUCUCUUGACAGAGAGGAGAAAGAGACUUACCGGUUUAUAGUCCGAGCAGUCGAUUGUGGCACGCCAAGGAAGGAGUCAAUUGCCACAGUUUCAAUCACCGUAUUGGAUCGCAACGACAAUAGUCCUCGUUUCAUCAACAAAGAUUUCACUUUCUUCGUCCCAGAAAACUUCCCAGGGUUUGGAGAGAUUGGAGUGCUGUCAGUCACAGAUGCAGAUGCUGGGGAAAAUGGCUGGGUGGCCCUAUCAAUCAUCAAUGGAAGUGAUAUAUUUGUCAUUGAUACAGGACGAGGGGCAUUGAGAGCAAAGACCCCACUGGACAGGGAGCAGCAAGGAACGUACUAUCUCUGGAUUGAAGCUGUAGACGGGGGUAAGCCUUCGCUCUCUUCAGUCACCAUGGUUACUGUUUUGCUCCUGGAUGUCAACGACAACCCACCAGUGGUGCUGUUUCCCCAGUCCAACCAGUCCUACUUGCUGGUUCUUCCCAAUACGCUCCCAGGAACAUCCAUCACAGAGGUCUAUGCUGUGGACAGGGACACUGGCAUGAACGCUGUCAUUGCUUACAGCAUCAUCAAGCGAAAGGGUGGUGAACCAGGCUCAUUUGACAUCGACCCAAAUACAGGAAACAUCACCCUCAGGAAAGUCUUGAGUGACCGGGGUUUGUACAGCCUGCUGGUCAAGGUCAGUGACCAUGGCCAACCUGAACCGCUGCACUCCACUGUUCUGGUCAACUUGUUUGUCAAUGAGACCAUCAGCAACGAGACAUACAUUCAGAGCCUCCUGACCCGAGAGGCAGAUAUCGGGAUUGAGGAGGUCAGACCACCAAACAGGCUUGCCCAGGGGCCAGAGUAUAACGACCUCUUCCCCUGCAAGCUACUGCUCAUUUCCCUUAGCAUCACAUGUCUGGGGCUUCUUUUUAUAGUGGUGUCACUGACUACAUACAUAUGCUGCAAGAGGCAAAAAAAUCACAAAAAGAAGAGACUGGAAGUAGAGAUCCCUUUAAAAAUGAACAGUGACAGGCAAGCCAUGGACAGGAAGCUGAUGGAAAUUUCCAACAUAUGACCAUGGCCCCCCCUCCAUAAACUGUCUACAAAUUUAAAAUGUGCAGCUUCUCCAGACAAACAAAUGGAGUACAAACUGAGAAAAUUGUAUAUAUUGUAUAUUUGAUGUUUUGUAAUUUUAUGACAAAAAGGCAAAAUUUAUUUAAAAAAGGUUACAUCAGAAGUGUGUCUAGUUUUGCAAACCCCCAUUUUCGCAAAUGCUUGACGAUAAGAUGCUGUAAUUUAUUACACCUUACUAAGUAGUGCCCUCAGCAACGUGUCAAACUGCCCCUUUUUUGUUUAGCCACUUAUGGUUCAAAUCACUUUCUAUCCUCCCAGUUGUGUUUUCUGAAUACUGAAUAUAAGACAUAUCACUGCACAGUGAUGAGCAGAAAUCCUUACCACACUGAAUUUAUUAGUGAAUACAUUUCAUGCAUUUUAUGUGGGUUAAAGGACAUAUCUAUCAGGCUAGACUCCUGUGCACUAGCCUUUUAGGGCUAGUCCACUGAACACCUGGAUUUACAAGGUCAGGUUGAAUUUCCUAGAUUCCCUAUCCUUCUCUACCAAAAAAUGAAAUGUCUACGUUUACAUGCAGCGUAUUAAUGUGACAAAGAUUCAAUCAAUUGAGGUCAAUCUGGAUGAAAUUUCUAUCUGAUUAACAUCUAUAGAAAAUGUAGAUGUGUAAAUUUAAUUGAUUUAAAGAGUGCAUAUGUGUCCUACUGAAUAACAACAAAUCGUAAAAGAUUAAAAAAAAAAAAAAAACGAAUGAGGUUGAAUGUUAAAACCAAACAAAGGCGAAGCUUCUUGUUCAUUCAACUUCUUCUCGUCGUCGCUGUUCUAAUAUCGUGAAAUGCCACUCCUUGGAAUGCACACAAAUUUGGUUGGACUUCCAUGUAAAUGGAUAUUUUCAGUAGACAUUUGCCAAAGCGUAGAACUACACUCUGCAUUUGGAAAAAGACUUCAUUCAGAUUGACGAGAAAUCAUUGCAUGUGAACAUAGCCAGCGAUUCAUUCUGAGACCUCACGACCUUGUGGUGUGUAAGUAAAGUGUACAUGCAUAUUAAAGUGCUUUAUUUUCUUACC